AAUUUGGGAGGAGCCAGCCGGAGCCCGCGCCGGGCGCGACCCGCCGCUGCCUGACUCGGCGCCCGCUGUUCGGGCGCAGCGCGCCAGCCGCAGGAGCGCUGAUGCCCCGGAGCCGCGGGCUGACAGGUCUUGGGUCCUGAGGCCGCCGGCAGACUAUGGGUACAACGGCCAGCACAGCCCAGCAGACAGUCUCAGCCAGCGCCCCCUUUGAGGGCCUCCAGAACGGUGGCACGAUGGAUGGUCGGCACUCACUCAGUGUCCACUCCUUCCAGACCACGGGCUUGCACAACAGUAAGGCCAAGUCCAUCAUCCCCAACAAGGUGGCCCCCGUCGUGAUCACGUACAACUGCAAGGAGGAGUUCCAGAUCCACGAUGAGCUGCUCAAAGCCCAUUACACGCUGGGCCGGCUCUCAGAUGCCACCCCAGAGCACUACCUGGUGCAGGGCCGGUACUUCCUGGUGCGGGAUGUUGCAGAGAAGAUGGAUGUGCUGGGCACUCUGCAGAGCUGUGGGGCCCCCAACUUCCGGCAGGUGCGGGGCGGGCUCACUGUGUUUGGCAUGGGGCAGCCCAGCCUCUCAGGAUUCAGGCGGGUUCUUCAGAAACUCCAGAAGGACGGACACAGGGAGUGCGUCAUCUUCUGUGUGCGGGAGGAGCCCGUGCUGUUUCUGCGUGCUGAUGAGGACUUCGUGCCCUACACGCCUCGAGACAAGCAGAGUCUUCACGAGAACCUCCACGGCCUCGGACCCGGGGUCCAGGUGGAGCGCUUGGAGCUGGCCAUCCGGAAGGAGAUCCACGACUUUGCCCAGCUGAGCGAGAACAAGUACUACGUGUACCACAGCACCGAAGACCUGCGGGGGGAGCCCCACACCGUGGCCGUCAAGGGCGAGGACGAUGUGCACGUGACCCAGGAGGUGUACAAGCGGCCCCUCUUCCUGCGGCCCACCUACAGGUACCACCGUCUGCCCCUGCCAGAGCAAGGGGCCCCCCUGGAAGCCCAGUUUGAUGCCUUUGUCAGUGUCCUCCGGGAGACCCCCAGCCUGCUGCUGCUCCGAGAGGCCCACGGGCCUCCCCCUGCUCUCCUCUUCAGCUGCCAGACAGGCGUGGGCAGGACCAACCUGGGCAUGGUUCUGGGCACCCUCAUCCUGCUUCACCACAGUGGGACUGCCUCGAGGCCGGAGGCUGCCCCUACAAAGACCAAGCCGCUGCCCAUGGAGCAGCUCCAGGUGGUCCAGAGCUUUCUCCACAUGGUGCCCCAGGGGAGGAGGAUGGUGGAGGAGGUGGACAGAGCCAUCACCGCCUGUGCAGAGUUGCACGACCUGAAGGAAGGAGUCUUGGAACACCAGAGGGAGCUGGAAGGCAGCCCGCCGCAGACCCCGGCUCAGGAAAGCGGCGGCCAGCGCGGUGUCCAGCAGAGGGCGCUGCGGAGCCUGGAGCAAUACUUCUACCUGGUCCUGUUUAACUACUACCUCCAUGAGCAGUACCCGUUGGCUUUUGCCCUCAGUUUCAGCCGCUGGCUGUGUGCCCGUCCCGAACUGUACCGCCUGCCUGUGACACUAAGCUCAGCGGGGCCUGUGGCCCCUGGGGACCUUAUCACCACCGGCUCCCUGCGGGCAGAUGACCUCAUCUCCCCGGACGCACUCAGCACCGUCAGAGAGAUGGACGUGGCCAACUUUCGGCGGGUGCCCCGUUUGCCCAUCUAUGGCACGGCCCAGCCCAGUGCCAAGGCCCUGGGGAGUAUCUUGGCCUACCUGACCGACACUAAGAGGAAGCUGCAGCAGGUUGUGUGGGUCAACCUGAGAGAGGAGGCUGUGCUGGAGUGUGACGGGCGCACCCACAGCCUGCGGUGGCCUGGGCCCCCCACGGCCCCUAGCCAGGUGGAGAACCUGGAGACGCAGCUGAAGGCCCACCUGAGCAUGCCUCCCGCAGGCACCCAGGGCCCGCGGGCCCGCAGGUUCCAGACAUGCCUCACGACGCAGGAGGUCUUCAGCCAGCACCGCGGGGCCUGCCCCGGCCUCACCUACCACCGCGUCCCCAUGCCAGACUUCUGUGCCCCCCGCGAGGAGGAUUUUGACCGGCUGCUGGGGACCCUGCAGGCUGCCCUCGCCAAGGACCCGGGUACUGGCUUCGUGUUCAGCUGCCUCAGCGGCCAGGGCCGGACCACGACCGCCAUGGUGGUGGCUGUGCUUGCCUUCUGGCACAUCCGAGGCUUCCCCGAGGUGGGCGAGGAGGAGCUCGUGAGCGUGCCCGAUGCCAAGUUCACCAAGGGCGAAUUUGAGGUGGUGAUGAAGGUGGUGCAGCUGCUGCCUGAUGGGCACCGCGUGAAGAAGGAGGUGGACGCAGCACUGGACACGGUCAGUGAGACCAUGACGCCCAUGCACUACCACCUGCGGGAGAUCAUCAUCUGCACCUACCGCCAGGUGAAGGCAGCGAAAGCGGCCAAGUCAGAGCGGGAGGCCCGGAGGCUGCAGCUGCGGAGCCUGCAGUACCUGGAACGCUACGUCUGCCUGGUGCUCUUCAACGCGUACCUCCACCUGGAGAAGGCCGGCUCCUGGCAGAGGCCCUUCAGCGCCUGGAUGCGGGAGGUGGCAGCAAAGGCCGGCAUCUACGAGAUCCUCAACCAGCUGGGCUUCCCCGAGCUUGAGAGCGUGGAGGACCAGCCCUUCUCGAGGCUGCGCUGCCGGUGGCAGGAGCAGAGCCACAGCCCCGAGCCCUCCGCUGCAGGGGACAUCCUGUAGGGG